AUGCAGUGCGAGACGAAGGAGGGAGGAGAGAAGCGCGCAGAGGCGGAAGAAGUUGCACAAGUCCUGGAGACCCUUGAAGGAGAGCUGAGCCUGGAACUCUGGACGGAGAAGCUGGAGGCGGACUACAAGGGGCUGAACAUCCAGCUCAACAAGGUGGGCAAGAGCGUCGACAAGACCAUGCCGCCCGACCUCGAGCGAGCAUGCAGGCCGAUACAGCAUAGCGAGUCACAAGUGAACCAGGUCAUCUUUGACCACCUGGUGCGGUCGGGGAGACUCGAGAUAGCUCGGUGCUUCGCCAAGGAGGCAGGGAUCCCCUUCAAGGAGGAGGACGUUCAGCCCUACGUCGAGAUCUACUGCAUCUCCCGGGACAUCGGCCAGCAGGAGCUCGACAGCGCCUGCAAAUUCGCCAGCGUGCAUGCUGGCAGGCUGGAGGAAGUGGACAGCGCACUACCCUUUCACCUGGCCAAGAUGAAGUUCCUGCAGCUGCUGCAGAGAGGCUGCGAGGAGGAGGCGGUAGCGCACGCUCGCAAGAAGUUCCCCUCCUUCUACGAGAGGCACCGCAAGGAAAUCCUCCCGCUCUUCGGCUGCCUGGCCUUCCAACGAAGGGCAGGUGCCUCCCCCUACAAGAGCCUCUUCGAUCCCCAGCUGUGGGUCCAGCUAUCGCAGCUCUUCAAGAAGGAGGGCAGCAGGGCCCUGGGCCUGUCGUGCGACACUCCCCUCAUCGUCUGCGUGCAUGCCGGCAUCGCCGCGCUCCCCAAGCUCUACAAGUUCGCCACCGUCAUGACAGAGAAGCUCGGGGAGCUCAGUAGCGGGACGACCCUGCCGAUCGAGGUCAAGCUUCACCGCGACUUCCAGUACCAUAGCGUCUUCAUGUGCCCAGCGUCUCAUGACAACCCUCCGACCCUCCUGCAGUGCGGGCACGUGCUGUGCGAGCUCUCGCUCAAGAAGCUCACGAGAAGCGCUGGCCGGCUCAAGUGCCCCUACUGUCCUCGGGAAGUGAGCCUCAGCGGGAGCGUGAGACUGACGUUCUAA